AUGCCAGCGAAAGCACUUCAAGGAGCACAAAGCAUUGUGCCGCGCAUUGAGGCUAUUCCAUUCCUUGCAGAUGCCAGCAGUGGCACCGCAUGCGACCACCACGGAAGCGCCGCCGCCGUGCAACUGCCGGCCGCCGCUGGCGGCGGCGGCGGCAGUGGCCUUAGCUGCUGCCCCCACUGCCAUUGGGGCUGGGUGUGUGACGAGCAUCGUACUGCCUACCUGACGGGGCCUCACGCCGCGGUAUGUAUGUCGUACCAGCACAUGAACGAGAGUCAGCUGCUGACACACCGGUACCUAACCGCCACGGGCCGGCUGCCCAACUACGUGCCUGACAAGCCGCCGCCGCGACCCACGGGUCAUUCGAGCGGCGGUGUUUGGGAGCCCGUGCCGGCAGGCUGGGCGGCGUUUCGGGCGUGGCGGCCACUACCCGCUUUUGACGGCGCAAUGAUGUGUCUGCUGAGCAAGCGAAUGUCGCAGGCGUUGACGGUAAUCCAGUGCAUUCGCACGUCCACCGCCAUCAAUGCCGUGUUCGUCAGUGCUCCUACGCUCGCUCUCAUCAACAUCACCACCACCAACAUCACCACCACCAUCACCAUCACCACCAUCACCACCACCAACAUCACCAUCACCACCAACAUCACCAUCACCAUCACCACCAUCACCACCACCAACAUCACCAUCACCACCACCACUGCCAGGCACUACAACACCACUACACCCCGGAGCAGUUGGCGUUGCGGAGCCACAUCGAGGUGGACACAUUCUACUACCAGAACUACUAUUGGUGGUGUGGUCGAGCGAGUCGUGUGCAGCAGCAGCGGCAGCAGUAGCAGCAUGGGGUCGAACUGUUAUUUAUACCACAGAUAA